ACUUUGCUUUCCAUCGCCAUCGCAACCUGCUCGCCCCUUCCACCUCCCCAAACAACACCCUCCCCACCUCACCAAGCGUGCUGCUGCUGCUGCGGUGGUUUGGCUGCUUCCUCCUCCUCCUCCACCUCGUCGUCGUCGUCUUCUACCUUUGCCUGCGUCGGUUGCUUGCUGUGGUGCGGUGUGGCUGGGCUGGGCUGCGAGCACGGGCAGGCAGGGCUUGCUUGCUCGCUUGGGCACCCGGAGUGUCGCUGUCUGUCUGUCUCUGCCUUUCUUCUUUCCCCUCUCUGUUUUGUGUCCUUGCUCUCCUUUGGCCUUUUGCUUUCCCAACCUCUCCCUUCCCGGCCUCAAUAAUGAUGGAGGGGCCGCGGCGGGUUCGUUCCUGAAGGCCUUCUCCCCCCGUCCCGUCCAUUCUCGUCUCAAUCUCCACCGGUGGGCCGGAAUACAAAUCCACCGGCAGUUUUCCCCUCUCUGAUCUUCUCUCUUCCCGGAGUAAUUUUGGUUCUAGGUUGUUUCUUUGGGGCCUUCCCUUCUGUUGUGUUCAGGUGGUGUUGGUGUCGAGCGCUCGAUUAAAGUCCCCUUUCUUCUUCCUCUUAAUUGCUAGCUGCCAUUAGCUUCUCAGGGUUCUUGCUGGGGAUUGGGUCAAUUGGGAGCUUUCGUCUUUAGGGUCAAUUGGGAUGCUUUUGGACGCCAUGAUGAUGGAGGCCAGGAAGGGGUUGAUGGAGAGGGAGAGGGAGAGGGACCAGUUCCCCGUCGGCAUGAGGGUCCUCGCCGUCGACGACGACCCCGUGUGCCUCAAGGUUCUGGAGGUCCUCCUCCGCCGCUGCCAGUAUCAUGUAACAACCACCAACCAGGCUGCCACUGCACUGAGGCUGUUAAGGGAGAACAAGGACAUGUUUGACCUGGUCAUCAGCGACGUCCACAUGCCCGACAUGGACGGCUUCAAGCUCCUGGAGCUCGUGGGGCUCGAAAUGGACCUCCCUGUCAUCAUGUUAUCGGUGAACGGAGAGACAAAAUCUGUGCUCAAGGGGAUAACCCAUGGCGCCUGCGACUACCUCCUAAAGCCGGUCCGGAUCGAAGAGCUCAGGAACGUGUGGCAGCACGUCGUCAGGAGGAAGUUCAGCAACCGUGAGCCGAACAACAACCUUGAUCUCUGCAAGGAGAUCAGCAAGCCGCCGAGCGCCGACUCGUACCACCGGCUCGGCCAGGCGACCUGUGACAGCCACAGGUCCUGUGACCAGAGCAACAGGGCCGGCAAGAAGAGGAAGGAGCCGCACAGCGAGGAGGAAGACGAGGGCGAGGACAACGACGACGCCGCGGGGUCGAAGAAGCCGAGGGUGGUGUGGUCGGUGGAGCUGCACCGGAAGUUCGUCGCCGCCGUCAACCAGCUCGGGAUCGACAAGGCUGUACCCAAACGAAUACUCGAGCUUAUGAACGUGGAGAAGCUCACCAGGGAAAAUGUUGCGAGCCAUCUGCAGAAGUACAGGCUAUACCUCAGACGGCUAAGUGCUGUGGCAUCACAGCAAGCCAGCAUUGCUGCUGCUUUUGGAGGCAGAGACCCCUUCUUGCACAUGGGAGCAUUUGAAGGACUUCAUAGCUAUCAUCAACCCUUUGCCCCUUCUGCUGCUCUUCCAUCUUUCAAUCCACAUGGACUGCUGAGUAGUGCUGGUGCAGCAGCAUUUGGGCUUCAGGACCUUGCUUCUCCCAAGGCAAACCAGUGUUCUAGCAGCAACGGCAUAGCAAGUCAUUGCGCCGGCGAUACGGAGAAGUUCCACAUUGUGAGCUUACAAGACAACCAACAGGCAGAUUUAUCACAAGGCUUGACCGCAUCGUCGCUUGGGCAGCCUCAGCUCCAGCAGAAGUGGAUCCAUCAGGAAACCAAUGACCUGUGCUCUGUCAUUUCCGGGGGUGCUCUGGCUAACACUAUGUCUGGCACACUCCAAAGAGUUACAAGCAGUUCACUGCCACCAGAGGAUCUUUUGGAGUGCACUCCACACAUCAAAGUUGGAGCUCAUCCAUCCAUAGGAAUACCAACUGGGAGUUCAGGGCUGCUUGAAAGGUCUGUCGGAGUUUCCGCCAAUUUGCGGGAUUCUUGUAUAUCUCAGCAGUGUGCUCUUCCAAUCAGUGAAGGGUUUUCUGUUAACAAGUUACCGUUGCACAUCCCGUUCGAUGGUACUGGCGUGACAAAACUUGAUGCUAGCUUUGUGGCUGGAGAACAAGAGAUGGACCAAAAGGGGAUAUUUUUGGAAAGAAUGUCUGUUAGUGUUUGUCCUUCUGAGAGCCUUAUAGUAGCCAGCAAUGCCAAAUGUAGAGCUAGUUCCUCUGGCAGUAUAAUUCUGCCCCUUCCUCGUGAUACCGAAAGACAUUCAAAAUACCUCCAGUUUGGGGCUGCAAGCAACUCCAGACAUAGAAUGGAUGGAAUGAGACAAGACCAAAGACUGAACAGUGGAGGUUUUAGCUAUGAUGGUGGUGCCAUUGUGCCUGAACAGACCGAUAUGUACGAUUUGGGAGUUCCAAAGCUGCAGGGUGGGUUCAAUUCCAGCAGCUGCAACUUUGAUGGUCUUCUCAACUCCAUAAUAAAAGUGGAGAGCGACGAAGUGCCGUUCACGGAAAACGACCUCGGGUGUGAACUUUUCCCACUUGGUGCCUGCAUAUGAGAGCUACUCCUAGUAAUAUUUAGGCUAGUCCACUACAGACCUAGAGGAGAUUGUACAGCUAUUCCUAUGGGUAUUUAUCAGCUAUGUGUACACUACUAGAUAUCUGGGGUAGCUAGCUAGGGAUUUCAUGGCUUGUAGGAAUCUGUACUUUCUUUCUCCUGUGAAUGGGCAGUGGAAGCAAAUA